AUGCUUGAAAUGAAGUAUGGUGAUAAUGGCGAUCCAUUAACAUUGGCAAACAAGAAUCGUGUGGCAAGUAAGAAAAUCUUCGAACAGUUGCAACAGUCAACACGUUCACCAGCUCAUAUUGCUCAAGCUGACGGCCACAUGUUACAUAGACAACCUUCUGGUGCACAGAAAAGAAUACGACAACGACAGGAACAAAAAUGGUUAAAAGCUAUUUCGGCUAAUGUUAACACAUGCGAUAUAGAGCGUAACCGUGCACAGUCAGGAUCAGAAAACAAUGCUUAUAGAUCUUUGAUUGAUUCUGGAGGUUAUAAAUCGAUUUUACCAGAAGAACCCCCUUUCCCUGCUACUUCUGCUUCCAUCACUUCUUUGUCUAG